AUGUCUUUAUCCGAAAAUUCUCUCUCUUUGUCUGAUCAGAAAAUCGCCAUUGGAAGAAUGAAGAAUACCAAGGUAGAAAAUGAUAUUUUCCUCACUGGGUCUUUCACUUGGAGAAUCGAAGGCUUCUCAAAAUUGAACAACGACAACAUGCAUUACUCUGAUGUUUUCGUCAUUGGUGGUCUCAAAUGGCAAAUCCUUCUACACCCAAAGGUUCACGCAAGCCUAGCAGAGGCAGAGAGCUUCUCAGUAUAUUUGGGUGUUGCAGAUGUUUCAACAUUACCACCUGGGUGGACUACAUGUGCCCACUUUAGAUUGACCAUGGUUAAUCAACUUGACACCAACAAGUCAAUAGCAAAGCCUGCAAAGGGCACUGUUCGACUAGUGUUCAAAAAGGGCUCAAGUGAGUGGGGCUUCAGAUCAUUUAUGCCUUGUAGUGAGCUUUAUGAUUGCAAUGCAGGUUAUCUUGUGAAUGAUAUAUGUAUUGUUGAAGCCAAGGUUGAUAUCCCAAUUAAGAGUCAAGAUCAUAGACCUGGCAUUUCUGUAACUAUCAAGUCCUCAAUUAAGAAAGAACAGAAAUCGUUGGAGCCUUCAAAUGUGAAUUCUGUGCAAAUCCCAGACUCUUUAGUUGCACCUAAGACACCUUGUUCUGAACUGGUGCUAGCUUUGCAAGAUACGCCAGGUUCUGGAAAAGCUUUUACUGUUAACCCUACUAAUGAUAGCCCUGUUGAACCUUCUCUAAACAAGGUACCUAUGGAAGUCCCCACCGACCUAUCAGGCGAACAUGUGGAUUUUAAGGGUUUUGGACGGAUAGAGAAAGUUUUUCUUCCACUACUAGAGGAAGUCUGUACAUGGCAUCCUUCAUUGAUUCAAUGCCAACUGAAAAGUAGUAAUUUGUUUGCUAACUCUGCAUUCAAUGCUUUGGGACGAGUGCUGUAUUUUCUCAAGACUACAAAGGUCAAGGAUAUGACACAGGAAUCUUGUGAACGCCUUCAGCUUUUCUGGGAGGAGCUUGAGACCUUCAGAUUUGACUUGGGAUGGCUGGAGCCUCGAGUUCAAUAUGCCCUUGGUGUGAAGAGAUUGGUGCAGAGGGCAGGAAGAAGGAAGAGGCUAAGAGAAGAUGUAAAUGAUUUGGAGAAUGAAAUUAAGAGGCGGAGGCACAAUGUAGUUGUUUUGGAGACUGAAGUUCAGAGGCAGAGGGCUACACUUGCUGUUGCAGAGGUAGAUCUUCAGGUAGCAAAGGUAGACUUGGCAAAGGUGGAAGAAGACUUCAAUGGGAUUGACAUGGAUAGUGAGAUGGGUUAUGAGAGGCCUUAG